CUAAUUUGGUUUAAUAAUUUAUAUUUAAAUUAUCAUUAUUUUUUAGACUUAAUUAAAUUAUUGCAUUUAGUUUAAUUUUGUACAUUUCUAACGAGUUGUAAAAUCACAAUUGCAGGUGGACAUGGAUUACAAUGUUGAACUAAUUGGUGAUUACACGGACAAUUUUCUCAAUGGCGUCCGAUACGACAAUUUCGAAGAUGCUGUAACAGUUACCAAAAACAUCGCGAUGUCUCUUGGUUUCUUUCUAACUAAGGGAUCAAUGAAGCCACGUGAGUUGAGCAACAAAAGAUUAUUGGGUAUCUGUUAUAUGUAUUGCGACAGAUGCAGUAGGGAGAGGAAGUCAUACAAGCCGGAUCCUUCCAAGGAGAGUCGUGGCAAUACAAGUUCAAAAGGAUCGGGGUGCAUGUUCAGGAUUAAAAUCAAAGAACUACUGGUUAAUCCAAAUGCUCUUGAUGGACCUUCAUUCUGGGAGAUACAAGGAGUGACGGAGCAAGGAACCGGUUUAAGACGAGAGUAUCACAAUCAUGAGAAGAUGCUUUAUCCCGAAGGCCACAGUCAAAUGAAUCAAUUGAGUCAGGAGGAUAAAGAAUCUCUGAGGCAGAUGAGAGAUGCUGGGGUACCUCCGUCGCAACAGAAGCAGACAAUAAACAAGCAGAAGGGUGACAAAGGGCAUCACACCCAAAGGCAGAUGUAUAACCUCGGGUCCAAGUCUAGGAAAGACGAGAUGGGCGAGAUGAAUGCAGUGCAGUAUGUGUUGCUAGCAGCUGAACGUGAGAAUUAUCAUACAGAGGUUAUGAAGGACGAUGACGACGUGCUGACACAUCUUUUUUUUGCCCAUCCAACUUCCAUCCAGAUGUUGAAGGCUUGGCCGUACGUGAUUCUGAUCAACUCAACGUAUAAGACCAAUGCAUAUAAAUGGCCGUGGGUGGAGGUCGUAGGUGCUACUCCAGUUGGGAAGAAUUUCAACAUCUGUUGUGCUCUCAUGAAGGAUGAGACAAAAGAGUCGUAUCUUUGGCUGUUGCAGUGCAUACAACAAUUGCUCCAUCCACGCGUGCCCAGUGUCAUCGUCACCGACCACGAAGGUGGACUACUUGCUACGGUUCCUGUGGUCUUCCCCCGCAACCCGCAUUUGCUAUGUGUUUGGCACAUCAACACCAAUGUGCAGAAGAAGUGUUUGGAAAUAUUUGGGAAGGACAGGAUGGAUUUGGUCAACGAGGCGUAUGAUCAAUAUUGGUGUCCUAUGCUUUAUUCUUGGUCAGAGCAAGGUAUGUUGGCCGCGUUUGGCCGCUUUAGGACAAGAUGGGGCAAUUACGAACCACGUCUGUUGCAAUACAUACAGGGAGUGUGGUGGCAACAUCGAGAAAAGUGGGCUGUUUGUCAUACAAAAAAUAUGUUUCAUCUAGGAAAUACGAGCACAAACAGGGUUGAGUCGUCACAUUCCGCUUUGAAAACUUUCCUCCACAACUCGCGGGGAUCUAUGGACACUGUAUGGAAAGGAAACCACCGCUACAUUACUAACCAACUCGGGGAGGUUAGGAUGAUGUUGGAAAACUCUAGACAGAAAACCCUUUCAGCAUCCGGUGGUACACCAUUCACAUACUUGAGAAGGAAGGUCAGCAUGCAGGCAAUUAUAUUAAUGAAGGAGGUUGAAGAAGAAUUGGCUGCCCGCUUGGAAAAAAAUGAGAACUCCCGAUGUGCAUGUCAUUUCUCUGUGACACACGGCUUGAGGUGUGGAUGUCAAGUUAUGGAUGGCAGAGCGCGAGACAUAGAGAUAUACCCUGGUGAUAUUCAUAUAUAUUGGCGGACACUGUCAUACGAGCAUCCACCCAAUGCUCAGGAGUACGUUCCCCAGGAGGAGGAGGCUAAAUGUCACCUUCAGGAGUUGGUUGAUGAGGCUGUACGCAGAGGACCAGAGGCAACGAAAAAAGCAGCAAAGAACGUCUUUCGCGGUCUCCACCCGGCGGAAGACAACAUUCACGAGCCAGAAGUGAACGAAUCACGAAAGGGACGCCCAACCAAAAAAUCAACCGGAAGAACUAAAGGGUGGUGGGAAAAGAUAUUGCGAGGCAAGAAGAAAGACAUGAAAAAGAAGUCGGGAAGCACAACGUCGGGGUCUACAAAGUCGACCAGUACCAAGUCCACGGGGACUCAGACAGACGAGUACCCGUCAGACGACCAUGCAGCGGAGGAGUGUGACGAACCCGAAGAAAACAACAAAUACAACUGUCCUGACACAGAGAUCCCUGGAACCAGCAGCACCCAUUCUGAUUACGGACACAUGGAACUGCUUCCUGUCUUCAUUCGACCGCUUGUCAUUGCCAUCCACGACCCGGUGCCAGACGGUCAUUGUGGGUUUCGUGCACUUAGUUUUGCACUAUAUGGUAAUCAAGAAGGGUUCCCAGAGGUGAGGCGAAGACUUGCUGAAGAAAUGCGUGAGCACGAUUGGCGAUACGCACCCAUCUUUGGUGCAGAUAUCAAUCACGCAAUCAGACGCAUUGACAUCUCUACUACAACACCAACGACUGAACAUCAUUGGAUGAUGGGUGUGGAUCUAUUCGUAUUUGCCACACUAUUUAAUUUGGCUGUUGUCAUGUACAGCUGUGUCCUCUACCCAAAACCACAAAAGUACAACAGUACCAUUCUGCCAGUGGACAACAUAUAUGGGGAAACCCACCCUAGAGGAGUCAUUGUUCUGCAUUUCGUCCAGAAUCAUUGGAUCAACCUCUCCUUCCCGGCGGACAAGAUACCGUUGCCCCCUCUACAUGCCAUUUGGCUAGGCGGUCACCAAGAAAGCGUGGAUGGAUGGGAGAACUAUUUCGCGCCGUUUAGUCAAAUGUGGUUCGAUCUUGGGGGUGUUGCGAAUAACUUUCCAUCACGCAAAAAAAAGGUUCCAAAGAAAUAAAUUUGUACUCGUCCGACUCAUAAAUAAAUUGUAAUGAACGUC